CACGUGAAGAGUGGGUUUGACAUUGGGAGUUUGAAAGUGGAGAGAGACACAAGAGAGGCUUUUGCUCUCAGCCUCUCGCCAGGGAAGCAUCACAGUCUAUCAACCUACAUGUGACUUCAGACUCUUCCACUGACAUUUACAUAAGCGCUGGAGAUAGCGUGAGGAAACAUAAUGCAAAGUCUCUAGACGGGUGUGCGCACGCUGCCGGAUGUUCUCUCUGAAUGUUUUAUUUUUCGUAUCUGCGCCUGUAAUCGGACAUCGAUCAUGAAUUAUGUUUGAGAACAGUCACUGUAAUGUGCUUGAACUCUAAGGAAUAAAAGUUACGUGACGGAUUCAUUUGACAUGGACUCAGCGGAUGAAUAAAUCACUGUUAUACCAGUAUCCUGUCACUCAGUUUAUUGUCAUGUUUGCUAAAAGUCCGAUGGACCGAACAUCUUCACGCAAUAAUAUACACGCACAGAGGAAUUAAUGAAGAACUUGUUGUUUCGGAUAAUUAUCAGAAAGGGCUUGGAAAUCUCACAAUGAGGCUGAAAUCAUCGAGGUUAGGUUACCUAUUACUUCAAUUUAUGACUCUGUGUUUUUACACUCAGAUGACGAUGCAGUCUGUCUCUGUACCAAAUUUUAAGCACCAUGUCACGGAGCAGAGUCGCCUGUCGGACAGGACGAGCCGGCGAUUAACAAGGACUUAUCAGCUCUAUAGCCGGACGAGUGGUAAACACGUACAAGUCCUGGGCAAUAAGAGGGUCAACGCCAAUGGCGAGGAUGGAGAUAUUCAUGCUAAACUUGUUGUGGAAACCGACACGUUUGGAAGCAGGGUUCGAAUCAGAGGUGCGAAAACAGGAUACUACAUUUGCAUGAACAAGAGAGGCAAGCUUAUUGGACGGAGGAAGGGCCGUGGAAGGGACUGCAUAUUCACAGAGAUUGUUCUGGAAAAUAACUACACGGCUUUGCAGAACGCCAAGUACAAAGGCUGGUACAUGGCUUUUACACGCAAGGGUCGACCCAGGAAAGCCACGCAGACCCAGCAGCAUCAGCGAGAGGCCCAUUUCAUGAAACGUCUUCCUCGAGGACACCUGUUAACAGAACAGAAGCCUUUUGAUUUAAUCCCAUAUCCCCCAAACAAGAGGACUAAGCACCAUCAGCGCACAAGCAUGAAUUGAGGACAGAAUCGUAUCUUACACCGGAGUGCUACCUUAAUUCGAGUUUAACUAUGUGCAUCCAGAGUUACUGGACAUCAUGAAGGAGUCUGUACAGGCUCAGAUCUGAGAUGAAUCGCAGGACAAUUACUGAACUGUUGACUGAACAGAGGACACUGUCAGCCUUGUAAUAAUGAGCAACACAUCUCUGGGAAUGAAGCAAGACAACAGAACACACGACACACAAACACUCAGAAAAUGUGCAAAAAUUCUAUCUUCUGGGGUACAACAGCUAGUCACUGGGGCAGAACCCUUAAGACACUACAGGCAAAAACAUUGUUUUUUUUAUGGGCUGUUUUGCUUCCAUAACAUGUUUUAUUUCAGACUAGUAGUAAAAUAAAUUAAAAAAUCACAAACCAUUCACAUUUAAGUGUUAAUUUUAUUACAGUUUAUCCAUUUGCGUCUGUAGAUGUCAAUAACAACACAUAUCUUUAAAGCU